AUGUAUCUUCAUGGGAAUGAAAAAGUGAAAGUACAUAAUUUGAAUUGCAAACUCAUUUGUCUCUUACGAAAUGUAUUCGUGAUAGCAGCAAUAUUGCUAGAAAAGAAUCUUCAAAGCGUAGCUAACUAUUUAAUACUGUCAUUGGCAGUAGCAGAUCUUCUAGUCGCAUGUCUAGUUAUGCCGUUAUCAGCAGUUUAUGAAAUAUCAAGAGAAUGGAAGCUUGGGCCAGAACUCUGCGAUAUGUGGACAAGUAGUGAUGUUUUAUGUUGCACAGCAUCCAUUCUCCAUCUUGUGGCUAUUGCUUUAGAUCGAUACUGGGCAGUUACUGAUAUCGAUUACGCUCAUCAACGUACCGCGAAAAGAAUUGGUAUUAUGAUCGUUAUUCUUUGGAUUUUAUCUUUUUUGGUAUCAAUUGCUCCGAUGCUUGGAUGGAAGGAUCCUGAGUGGAAUAAAAGACUAGAAAAUUACGAGUGUUUAGUGUCGCAAGAUAUUGGAUAUCAAAUAUUCGCAACAGCUUCUAGUUUUUAUGUACCUUUACUCGCAAUAUUGUUCCUUUAUUGGCGAAUAUUUUUGGUAGCACGCAAACGUAUCAGGCGAAGACAACAGAACCCCCCUUCAUCCUAG